UGACCUCACAUGGAGUUUCACGGAGGCCGCUACUGCUGCAUCAAUCGUCAUCUUUCCCAUGAAGAGUUGGGCAUUUUUAUUGUGUGUCGGGAAGAGGAUUCAAGAGACGAUGAUGUCUAAUAAAAAGAUGAGACAUCGUAUUAUUAUGGCGGCAGCGUCAGGGAUUGAGCAGCCCAAGUCCCCGUUUGGGUUUAGUGCCUAUGGGAGAUCGUUGGCGACGAGGACAGCAAAUUAAACGAGGAGGGUGGCAUCGGCUGAACCCGUCAAGAAUCAUGACCAGCCAGUCUGCCUGACGUCUGGAGGCCGGUGGUUGACCUCUGCUCACUUGGCCGGUCCAUUUGUUUGUUUCCCGCGCGCCACAUUCGGAGGCUCAUCGCAAGAGCCAAACGUGACCGCGCGGCGGUCUUGACGCCGCGAUUUUGACUGCGAGUAGGGAAGCCUGAUCUCGGAGAUACUCCCAGAGCUCUUUUGCCAUCCAGAGUACGCGUUGUGUGCAUUGCUCAUUUCGCCUUUCAUCGCUCCAACCCGCGCAUCACACCUGUUCCUGCAGAAUGAGCUUGGCUUAUAGCCGGACUUCCAAUUCGUUCGUGGUAACAAGCCAGCUGUGUCGAAAACGACAAUUGAUGGUUUUUCAACUCCACGACCUGGGGGUUUAUAGCUCUUUGUGAAAGCUAGAGUUGCCGUCUGAGAAGUAGAUCAGACGUUGAGCACAUCCAAUUGGUCCAUGCAAUGGAAUCAUACAAAUGCGUUCCUGUACGAUUUGCAAUUACAAUUUUGGUCGUACAGAACUGAACCUUUCCUGGGACAGAUACUCAUUGACGUGGAGCGAUGAGUACUCCCGGCGGCGCUGCUGUCGCCGCUUGCACACCAUGUCGCACGGUGAAAAUGAAAUGUAUCCGCGAGCCGGAUUCCACAAUGUGCAAUCGAUGUAAGAGGAAAUCACUAACUUGCUACUAUGAGACGCAUCGUCGAGGUCGCAAACCCGGUACAAAAUUACGUCCCAAAGCAGAACGGAUGAAAGCUUCCAAUACUGCUUCUGCAUUAACAAGUAUGCAUCAGGGUUCGAAUCCACCAACGGCUUCGGCAGCGGAACCGACCCCAAAAAUUGAACGGGAAGAUACACUGAGCCAGCAUAGCGGUCACCUCCUUAUUGAUGUGAAACACCACAACCUGUCCCCCAUAUCAAAGGCAAGCUCCGCAAGGGAAGCCUCAACCUUGAAAAGCAUGCAAAUAAACCGUUCACUUGCCUCAGAUAGCCUUGCGCCAUUUGCACUAUUAAGAAAAUCGGCGACGGUAGGGAACUUUACAAUUGCCAACAUUCUCAACGUGGAGGAGGAGACUCCGGCUGGAGAGGAGACUCCCGAUCCUGACAUUUUAGGACAAGAUGACUUACCGAUGAAGGAUCCGGAUGACCCAGUGAAUCGAAACUUAUUAAGCAUGCCCAGUGCUCAGGGGUUGUUUGAUAACUUUUUCAAAUAUAUGAACCCAUUUAUAUGUCAAUUUGACCCUGUGAUGCAUACACUGCGUUACGUCAGGAGUCGAUCACCGUUCCUGUUUUCAGCCCUCCUUGCAGCUGCUGCCAAAGUAUUUUCUCCACAACUAUACCUUAAACUUCACGACCACGUUGAGUUUCUUCUACGCAAGAUUCUUGGCUCGGGUGAGAAGUCCACUGAAAUUGUGCAGGGAAUAUGUCUUGUAACGCAUUGGAAAGAGCCAAGUGACUCUCGAGCGUGGAUGUUAGUUGGUUAUGCUAUUCGCGCUUGUAUGGAGAUGGGAUGGCAUAAAAUAAGUCCAACUCAUUUGGAUCCCGUGUUCGAGGACGGGAACAGGGGCAGUGCAAACGAGAUGGAGCUAAGGGAACGAAGAAAUAAAGAGCGCACUUGGCUUAUGCUGUUUGUAUACGAUCGGAGCGUGAGCCUGCAAUUAGGAAGGCCGUCGAUGAUCCAUAUGGAUCACUUGAUUCGGAACGCAGAAACCUGGCACCAACAUGCUUAUGCAGUUCCCGGCAUUGAUGAAGUUAUGGUUUCGUUUGUGCAACUAAGAAUCCUCGGUUUUGAUCUGCUGGAUGUAUUUUGGCUGCACCCGGUCGCGACAACAUCGCAGACAAUUGAUAAGGACGAAUUUAUUUUGAAGACCUUCAAUAGCGAACUGGAUAGGUGGGAAGCAAAAUGGUAUAGGAUACUGGAUGAAGCCAGCAGUUCUGUCUGCCAUCGAUUCCUUGUUCGGUUCUACGGAAAUCAUUUACGUCUUCUGAUUCAUUCUUUUCGGUUGCAACUCUCAAUCCUAAGCGGCAAUGUUUCCAAAGAGUCGUUAUGGAUCUGCUAUUCAAGUGCCCUGGAGAUGUUACGCCUAGUGGUGCAUCGUCUGGGGAUGGUUUCACAUCUUUAUUACUGUCAGGACUCGGUACAUGUAAUGGUGGCUUAUGCCGCCGUUGUUAUAAUCAAGAUCUUACUAUCCCUGCCCGGCGAGCUCUCAGCCGAAUCCGAAGUCACCAUCCUCGACCUUCUCUGCAAAGCGAGCGAGGACUUCGGCCGUCAGUGUUCCGCAAACAACACUAGCUGCUUCUAUCAAAGCAGAUUCCUAGCUAAUGUGGUGACACAAUUUCGCAAAUCAAAGGCGAAAGCAAACCCCCCAACUAGCACUUUGAUCAAACAACAUGAUGGAUCGCAAAUCCCAGAUCCAUAUGUGAGACCAUCAUUGCAGAUCCAUCAAACGGGUUUGAUUCAGCAGCAGCAACUCCAGAGUCAGUCGCCACUUGAACCUUCGCCGUCAUCACAUUAUCCUCCUGGUCCGCAACAGCGGUUGCCAAGUGAUAUGUACCCGCUACCCCACGCGUCGACUGCUGCUUCAAUUCAAUUUUCAGCCUUGAACAAUCCUCUUUCGCAACAGCAUUCUCAGGUCUCUCCAUCUGACGCAAGUCCGUUGACCGCAUCGAUGCUGCAUGCAUCAAUGACGGCCGCAGCAAAUCCGAUACAAUGUAUGAGCAAUCAUCCUCCAAACCCGAAUCCGACUGGUAUGUUAUGCUCCGAUGCUCCUCCCCCCUCUGCAGCCAUCACUAGCAGCAAUGGCUUUCAGUCAUUUAUGCCGAUGAACGAAGUGUCGAGCGGCGAUGGAGGUAAUAAUUAUGCGUUUGCGUCAUUUACGGAUACGGGAGCUUGGGAGAAUUUGUUUGCGCAUGCAGGAUUUAACAUCAACAGCGGCGCAUUUAUACCCAACCUAGAGGAAGACUAAGGAGCUGGGCGAGGUUAUGUCGGGUGUCUGUAUUUUCACAUUAUCUCUAAUAUAUGGAGUACGGAGUACUAAUUCGGGAGCUUCAUUUUGGGCAGGGAGGUGUGAUUUUUUUGGUUUCCUCCUUCCCUUGUUUCGAUUAAAAUGAAGUUGAACUUCAUUGUAUAUAUUAGCCGUUUAAGGAAGUCCAAGCCUGUAGCAAGCCAUAGCUACAUACGUAUCGCAAAUCUCAGAAUUGCAUAUAUCAAAGACUACUUUUUU